AUGGAAGCGAAAGCUAGUUUAGAAAAUGGGAAUGCGAUUUCGUCCCAUCUCAACGCAACUAAGGAAAACCGCUCGCCUUCUUUGUUAGCUACAGCUAGAGUAAUUAUAGAAGCACCUAAUGGUAGAUGUGUACAUGUUCGCGCGCUUUUAGAUCAAGGAUCUCAAGCUACAUUCGUUUCUGAAAGUGUUGUUCAAUUGUUGCGUCUUCCACGAAAAAAGUUUGACGUUACCGUUUCAGGAUUAGGGGGUAACUUAUCUGAUAAAAUUUUGCAUUCUGUUUCAUUUACGAUUAAAAGUCCCAAGUUUUGUGCGACCACGUUUACGACGCAAGUUUUCGUGAUUUCGAGAAUCACCGCUUAUGUUCCCGCGGAGUUUAUGCUAAUGAAGAUUCCCAGUAACUUGCGUGAAUUGGAUCUUGCAGAUCCGACGCCAGGAUCCAAUGAUCGUAUUGACUUGUUGAUCGGUGCUGAUCUGUUUGGUCAGGCAUUACUAAGUGGCGUUUGUCACGACAAAUCGAGAAAUCUCGGAGCGCAAAAUAAGAUUUUUGGUUGGAUACUUUCCGGAUCUCGUAAAACUUCUAAUGUUCAAGCUUUUCACAUAAAUGUGCAUCAUUCCGCAAAUAUUGUAAUUGAUGAGGCGCUUCGUCGAUUCUGGGAGUUAGGCGAUUCUCGCGAUAUUGCACUUUCUUCGCUAUUACAUUUAGAAAAACGUCUCGAACGCAAUGCGGAUGUUUCUAUUAAUUAUCAUGAAUUUAUGCGUGAUUAUGAAUUGCUUGGUCACAUGUCCCGCAUUGGUCCAAUGGAUGAUGAUAAUUCUUUCCGGGUGUUUAUUCCGCAUCACCCUGUUCUCCGAGAUCACAGUCAAACUAUGAAGUUGAGGAUUGUAUUUAACGCAUCUAGACCUACUUCUAGCAAAGUCUCGCUUAAUGACUGUUUGCAUAUAGGACCGAAACUCCAAAAUGACAUUUCUUCUAUUUUACUACGAUGGCGGCAACAUCGGUAUGUUUUGUAUGCUGACAUAGCUCAUAUGUUUUUUAUUGAACGCUCCUGA